AUUGAAAUGCUCCCUAUGCAAGAUCGAACUACAGACGUCCUACCGCUGAGAUGAAAGCUUUGCUGCUAAUCGAACUUUAAAAAUAGAAAGAAGAUAAAAUUUUAUUUUUUUAUUCGAAGAGGAAACAAGAUUUUCCCUUAGAGAAAGAGAGAGGCUCGAACGGCAGAGCGAAAAGCAAAAAAAAUGGCGUCGUUAAGAGGACAACAAGUGAUAAGAGCGGGGGACAUGGAGAAGAUGAGCUUGGAGCAGCUCAAAGUACUGAAAGAACAAGCCGAUAUUGAGGUCAAUCUCUUACAAGACAGCCUUAACAACAUCCGCACUGCCUCUGCUCGCCUGGAGAUCGCCUCUACCGCUCUUCACGACCUUUCACUCCGCCCCCAGGGGAAGAAAAUGUUGGUUCCUCUCACUGCUUCGCUCUAUCUUCCCGGCACCCUCGACGAUGCCGACAAGGUUCUCGUUGAUAUUGGCACCGGAUACUUUGUUGAGAAAUCAAUGGCUGAAGGCAAAGAUUAUUGCGAGCGUAAGAUCAACUUAUUAAAAUCCAAUUUGGAUCAACUAAUUGUGGUUGCUUCUAAGAAGAAAACAUUAGCAGAUGAAGCUGGAGUAGUUUUACAAGCAAGAUUGAAGCAGUUAUCUCCUUCAAAUUAGGAAUUACGUGACCUUCUCAGUAUCUCAUUAUCAUUGAGUUCUAAAGAUUUCUGUGAACGGACUGCUUGAACUUCAUUGCUGGUGAUGUCAACUUUAUCUUCUUACUGCUUUUGUUUUGGAUGGCGGGCAUGGAGAAUGAUCUUUCCAGCAUUUUAAGGAAAUUCCAUUGAUAAUUUAGAGAUAUUAAUGUUGUUGUUUAGAGGUGCAUACUUUCCAUUUUCUAACAAUUUAUACUUUUCUGAAUGUUUGUGCUGUUAAAUUAGAGAAGUUAAGUCGUGGUAGCUCAAUAUUUUCAAAAAAGGAUCAUCGGGAAAGUUGUGGCUGCUAAUUCUCUCUCCCUUUCUCUUCUAAUAUUGGUUUUUUUUUUUGCCAAUAAAAGAAAUUCUAAUAUUGGUUGGAUUACAACACCAGUAGGCCUUUCC